AUUUAAUCUUGAGAGAAAGAUUUGAGACUUGAAUAAUUAUGAGAAAGAGCGGUAGAUUCAUGCUCAGUUUUGCUAGAUGUAAUUCUAAUAACCACUAGUAGAGGAGAAAAAUAAUACUGCCAUGGAGUUUACCAGGCGUUACCUGCCAAUGGAAUGGGAAGAGCGAUGGAGGAAAGAGAAAGAGAGGAGGAAAAGAGUGAUUGAAGAACGUGGAGAAGAAGGGAUAGAACAGGACAAGCGUGAAUUGAGAAGGAUUGUGGCCUACAAUGAUUCCAAGAUGGGGCUGAUGAGUGGUAGGUGUGAAAAAGAGGGGACAGACGUCAGGGUCAGGUAUGGCAGUGGUUGCAGUCAAGAGGAUAUCGGAGAGAAUAUGAGUGAAAGAGCGUUCAAAGAUGAAGGAUUUGGUGAUACCAUCCGCACAUACCACAGCAAUACCUAUCCUAAACAGGUCUUCAUUGCCCUGAAGGAAUUCCAGGAUUCAUCACUUCUUACAGACCUGACACUGACGACUGAGAAUGGGAACAGCUUCAAUGUACACUCCCCUAUUGUGGCUGCUGUCAGUCUUUUAAUUGAGGAACAACUGAGGGAAGAAAGCAGACUGCAAUCAGACAAAGAUAAGAAUGUAGGAAUCCAUACGUGGUACCUGUCUCUGGGUCCAGAGGUUGAUCAUGUUGGGUUACAGGCAGUUUUGGAGUUUGCCUACACUGGGGUUGUAUUAUCUUUAAACAAAGAUACCAUGGCACAGAUUAAGGCAGCGGCUCAAGCACUGGGGGUUCCUAGAGUGCUAGAUCUUUGCAUCAAAGAAGAAGUUACAAAGAAAGGUGAAAAUCCUGACAUAGAAAAGAAAAAUAUUCCUGUUAGAGAACAGUUGAAGAUUACUCUUCAAUCCAUUGAACAUCUCUAUGCAGACAGAGUGGGCUGUGAUGUAAUUUUGGAUGUAGAUGGAGCCUUAUUCCAAGUUCACAGAGUUAUCCUGGCAGCUAGCAGUGACUAUUUUCGUGGCAUGUUCACUUGCGGGAUGAGGGAAUCCAAUCAAACCUGUGUUGCCCUUCCCUUCCUUUUAGCUUCUGAGUUACAGGCUCUAAUUAGCUGCUCCUACAGUGGGACCCUUGCACUUAGCUGGGAAUGUGUUUUUGAGAUCACCUGCACAGCUCUCCAGCUUCAGUUCCAGCCUGCCAUCUCACUUUGCCUUGACUUCAUACAACAGGAAAUGGAAGCUAGGUCCUGCCUGGAUGUGGCAUCUUUUGCUGAGGCUUAUGGGAUGUCGGAGCUCCUUGAGGAAGCCAAUGACUUUGUAUUGAGAAACUUCUGGGAGGUGUCAGCCACUCCAAAGUUUCUUGACCUACAAGCGGAUAAGCUUCUAAAUUUUCUCCACUGUGAUGGUCUAUGUGCGCCCUCAGAGUUGGCUGUAUUUCGAGCCGUAAUCUCUUGGUUGGAGGCUGAUCCUGAGAAGAGAUUGGGUCAGGCUAGUUUACUGAUGAAGGGUGUUCGCUUCCCACUCAUGACCUUUCGAGAGUUCAGGGAAGUCAGGGCCAUUAAUCUGCGUAUGGAGUGCUUUGGAAACCAGGAGGUGGACCUAUAUUGCUCUGCACUCAAAGAAUUUGGUUUCAGCUUUCCAGAAACCCAGAAUCAAUGCAGAGUCAGGCAACCUAAAGAUGCUCUGGUUCUGGUUGGGGGAGACCAGUUGAACCCAGAUAUGGGUCUACGAAUGCCUAGCAGGGAGCUGUGGCUCGCAAACUCUCUACGCAGUGGCACAGGGUUGGUGAAGGAGAUAGAGUGGAAAAGGCUGGGUGAGAUGCCAGAAAAGCCAAAGUUCAGGCAUGGAGUUGCAGUAAUGGAUGGAAGGCUGUAUGUGGUUGGAGGAUGUUACUUCUAUACCAAGGGUGACAUCAUGAAAUCCAGCUACAGUUAUGACCCUGUGAAGGACAGCUGGAAGAGGUUGGCUGACUUGCAGGAGUUUAGAAGUAACUUCUCAGUUGUGGUACACGAGGAGCGACUUUAUGCCAUUGGUGGAGAUAAAGAGAUCAACAUCAACAUAGACAGUGUGGAGAUGUACAACACUGACACUGACUCUUGGAGCUAUGUCCAGCCCCUGGACCAGGCUCUGAGUGGCUAUGCUGUUACUGUCGUUGAUGAAGGAAUCUUCAUAUCUGGAGGUUUCAACUGUGAGUAUGUGUGUCUGGUUUCAAUGUUUCUGUACCACCCAGAGACUGGAACCACCUACUUGGCAGACAUGACCCAUGACCGGGCCCAGCAUUGCAUGGAGGCCCUGCGAGGCCACCUUUAUGUUGCCGGUGGUGUGUGCAACCUGCGGAAGUUUUACACUGACCAACAAGUCUGUGAGAUGUAUGACCCUUCAACUGAUUCCUGGACUGCUUUUGCAUCAUUGCCUGUGCCCCAUGUGGGUGCAGCAUCAGUCGUCCUGGAGGAGAAGAUUUAUAUACUGGGAGGUUACAGCCAGGAUGACUAUAGCGAGUCUGGACUGGUCCAUCGGUUUAGUCCCAGCAUACAGCGAUGGGAGAACGUGGGUAAACUGCCUGGGGCUGUUACUGACAUUCGAGCCUGUCUGAUGCGAUUGCCCCAGCAUGUAAGAAAGUAACAGGCUGGAAAACUUGAUGGUGAAAUCCAGU